AUGAGUUCAGAAACAGGCCCCUCGUCUAGUGUUCAUCCAACUGAUAACAAGGGCAAGAGAAAGCGGCCCGAGUCGCCUUCUGAAGACCCAACGUCCAGGAAGGUUUAUUUUCCAAAUGAAUUUGAGACGAUGUCACUAACUCAAGAUUCCAUAGUCCAGGGAUAUGAAAGUUCCGCAAAGGCAGUCAGCCAGGAUCAAUCUAAUCAAGGUACGACUAAGGAAACUUCAUCUCAAUAUCCACAGGUCCCCGUGGAGCCUCAUGGUGCGUUUCGGAGAGUAAAGGCACCAUGGCCCACUGGAGAAAGUGCGGCGAACCAUCCGGAUCGCACAUUUGACGACCUUGACAACUUUAGAAAGUUCCUACGUGACUCCCGUGAUGAGGCAGAACUUGCCGUGUAUCUUGGACUUCAGCACAAACACGACCUCAGAAAUUUCGCUUUGUCCUGGCCUGUCAUCAAGACCUGGAUCAAGGCACCACAUAAGCAGACAAUCUCACUCAAAGUUGAGAUAAGUCACCUCAUUCAGGAUGGCAAAGAAUUAUCCUGUAUCGUAGACCCUUACGAGAUUUGGCCGCAACGCCCCCAGGAGUCGGAGGAGCACGCUUCUUUGAGGAGCACACACAUCAUGUCCAGUGAUCUGCAUAAUUUCCACCGCACAAGGAGAUAUCGCGGUGAACUAAGCGCGAUGCUGGAGCUCGAUAUCCCGCUGGACAACGUUUGCCACCCUAGACCCCAGCUCAUAUCUUGGAAAAAUGAGCCGAAUGACAAAUUCGAUCGCUGCUGGACAAUCUUGGGUUAUGUUUCAUUGAUCCCCUAUAUGAAAUCUUGGGAAAAGGCCCUGGGAUUCUUUGUCUCCUCGUCAAACAAGGCUAUCAUAUACGACAGCAAUAUGCCGACAGGGACAAUACCAAGACCAAACCACCUUGUGAUAGCUCAGCAAUGCUCCUCUGUAUCUCUAGAGGAGAGUGCCAACGACCUUGCCCCAAUUCAGGUAAAGGUAACCUGGGAUAGGAACCGAAACACACUCAGGAACAUGAAUUUGUGCCGCGUCCUCACAGGUAUCGCACAUAAUGGGAAAGUGCUCCCUCCGACAGAUCCGAUGAUGACACAAGAUCCUCGAUUAUGCAGAACGGGCGCAUCAUUCCGGGACGUCAUCCGACAUAUGAUGUCUUGUGGUGGUUAUGGAUUGAACCUGUAUGAUUUGACAAUGUCGUAUCGAGUGGAGACAGAUAAUUCCUAUUAUCAGAUGGACGCCCUCCGAACCCAAUGGAAGGUAGUGCAUGGAAUAUUUUCACACUCGGCUAACACGAAUUUCGUGAUUCGGGUGCUUCUGGAUGUUCAUGAUUACCGGAAUGGGGAGGUCUAUGAAACGACUGAACUGCCACCAGUGUAUUGA